CGUGAGCGACCCGUUGCCCUGGGACCUCUGGACCGCAGCAACUGGCCGGGCCUCUCUCUAGAGAUCCGCUGGUCCAGACGCGGGACUAUGGCCGCGUCCACCAAAGGCCGGUCCGUAUCAGUCGGCGCCUCCGAGGGCUUGUUCGAGGCCGACAAGAACUCAGGGGAGCCGGAGAACACCUAUAUUCUGAGGCCCAUUUUCCAGCAAAGGUUUAGACCCUCUGUGGUUAAAGACUGCAUCCAUGCCGUGCUCAAAGAGGAACUGGCAAGCGCUGAAUAUUCUCCAGAUGAAAUGCCUCAUCUCACAAAACGUCUAUCAGAAACCAUUAAAGAUAAACUGAAAGAAUUGGGAUAUGACCGGUAUAAAAUGGUGGUACAAGUGGUGAUUGGCGAGCAGAGGGGCGAAGGCGUCUUCAUGGCUGCUCGAUGUUUCUGGGAUGCAGACACUGACAACUACACUCAUGAUGUCUUCAUGAACGGAUUCUCUGUGUAGCUGGUGUCCUGGAACCAAGCUGGCCUUGAACUUAGGGAUCCACCUGUCUCUGCCUCCCUACGGCUGGGAUCAACAGUGUGUGCCAUCAAUGCCCAGCAUCGGUGGUUUUAUUUUAAAUUUUACUGUUUUAUUUGUGAAAAAAUUAAUUUAUAGACAUUUCUACUUAAAGCAGGAAAACAAUA